CAACGUUUGUGUGAGCAGCUCAGCAGCUGAAGGGACCGGAGUGGAGAGACUUCUGGCAUGGGUAUGAUUGGAGUGCCAAUGGGGAGCAGCGAGAGGACGGGACGGUGGGAAUGCAGACAGGGUCAGAUGAUGUAGUUCACAUGAUACUGGGUGUGGCCACAGGGUCAGAGGGUCAGAGGGCAGUGUGGUCCUGGGUCUAACAGUGUUAGCGGGGAGAGUUCUCUGGAGAUGGAUCCCGGUCUCCUGGAGGGCUCAGUCCUGACUGAGCAGCAGAAGCUACGCCAUGUGUUGGACUGGGCUAAGAAUUUUCUCGGGACCAGUCAGGAUCUCAGCAGAACCUCCCCUUCCUCCCCGCAUUUGCACUCUACUUCAGCAGCGCAUCAACUCGAGGUCGGUGGAAGAGCUGCUGUCUCCCCCCUUGGAACCUUUCACAAUCUUGUCAGAAGCAGAAAUGUGAGAGAAAACAUGUUAGGCCAAUCAGAGCCUCUGACCAGGCUUCCAUACACCACCCCACUGUCCUGCCACACUCUCUCCCACACCCCAGGUGGCCGUGAGUUUUCUGGGUCUGAGUUUAAAGAGAAUCCUGGACAUAAGGAGCUGGUCCUGUUCUCUGGGCCACAAGAGGAUAACAAUGACCAACCACGUUUCCUUGGUGUAGACAACCCUCAGGCAGACCAGACUCCCCACAAACCAAUAGCUCCUCAUGCUGAGGGGAGAGAUUGUGUUUCCAUCAGUGAGAGCCUAAGAGACAGAGACAGUAGCGUUACAAACUGUUGCUCCUCAGUGGACAGUGACACUAUCCUAUGGUUGCCUGGAUAUGGUCCUUUAUCCAGAGCCCAUGACCUCAUAUCAAGGGAAGGGGGUUGUGGAGAGAGAGAGGACAGAGUUUUGGGAAUGCAGGAACACAAAGAGGAGAAGGCGGUGGCGGAGCAGGAGGACCCAAAAACAGGCCUUGAGGGAACCAGUAGUAUCAUACCUUAUGGAUCCUCUAGGGUCGCACUAGAGGGUGAACAUCUAGAUUGGGGAGCCAACGGCUGGGUGUCAGAGGGCCUGAGUGUGUAUGAGGAGUAUCUGCUGUGUGUGUCCCGUUUGGACCACCUCAGAACAGAGCAGAACCAAGCACCUGCUGACAUCAUGACCCUACCUGCUGACAUCAUGACCCUACCUGCAGACGUCAUGACCCUACCUGCUGACAUCAUGACCCUACCUGCUGACGUCAUGACCCUACCUGCUGAUGUCAUGACCCUGCCUGCUGACAUCAUGACCCUACCUGCUGACGUCAUGACCCUACCUGCUGACGUCAUGACCCUACCUGCUGACGUCAUGACCCUACCUGCUGACCAAAUGGCUGAUCCCUCCGAGCAACCUCUGAGUGCUGAGCUGGUGGUUGCUAAGCAACAUGUCCAUCAGGACAUCCACAACGAGGGGAGGCGUGCACCAUUCAAGAGUUCAGAAGUGAAGAACAGUACAGUGAUGCAGCCCAAGAGCAGCGGAGGUCAACCUGGUGUCAGGAGUCAGGCUCGUGUCAGAGGUCGCGGUCAUUCCUGGAGGUUCUGGGAAAGGUCAAGCCUCUCCUGGUCAUCCUUCACUCAUGGAGAAGUGCUGCCACGGUCCCAGCUCCCCAACAGACCCCACUCAACAGGUGUAGUGUUUGAAAGUUCCUGUUCUGGACCCAGACCCCCAACAACACUUCAGCUCCCUCUGGGCAGUGCUGUGAAUACCAAUGCAACUAAUAUUCCUGUGACCAGGGCUCUCAAACUGGCACCUGUAGGGGGCUGUGUACAGUGGCUGUCUCUCCCUGAUGAGGUAUGGGUAUCCAUACUGUCCCUCCUGCCACACAGAGAUCUGUCUACAGUGGCCCAGGUCUGCCUCCACUUGCUCCGACUGGCCAAUGACCACACACUAUGGCAGGUUGUUAGUGUGGAGAACAGCUCAUCUUUAACUGACCAAUGGCUGAGCAGUGUGGGUGUGCGUAAUCCUCGAAGCCUGACUAUCUACAGGUGCAGCGGACUGUCAAUCACCCCGAGCGGGCUAAAGGAGUUUUUCAAACUAAGUCAAGCUUCUCUGGAGGUGCUGAGUGUGACAAGCUGCAGUGGGCCUGGUCUCCAUGGUGACCUGGUGCUGACUCUGAGUGGUCAACACUGUGAUCACAUGACCUGUGUGGACGUCAGCUGGAGCGGAGCGACUGACACGGGCAUCAAAGCACUGACUGACACCUGCACUGGCCUGAAGACUGUUGUUCUCAAUGGUUGCCAAGUUACAGAUGAAGCCCUGAAUGCCCUCGUCAUAAGAUGCAGAGACAGUCUGCGCAGGUUGGAAGUGUUUGGCUGCCUGUCUAUCAGUCCCUCAUGUCUGAACACAGUGUCAGAGUUGUGUCCUGGGCUGGAGACUCUGAACAUCGGCCAGAUCCCUAAGGUCACUCACCCCUAUCUGACCAUGGUGACGUCACGACUCAAACGCCUUCACUCCCUUAACCUGACUGGACUGCACGCAGUGAGUGAUCAGACAGUUCAUCAGGUCCUCCUGCAGUGCCCUGAACUCCAGAGGCUGACCCUCAGCUCCUGCCCUGGAGUCACUGACAUGAGCCUGCACAAGAUCAGCACCCACGCUCCCCACAUCAGGUUGUUGGAUCUAAGUGGCUGCGGUAAGGUGAGUGAUGCUGGUGUUAAGGCUGUAGCUGUGGCCUGUAGAUGCCUGCAGUACCUGGACCUGAGCUCCACCGCCACAGGGAACAGAGGGGUGAGCCUGUUGGCAAAGUACUGCAGCACUCAUCUCCACACUGUCAAACUGAGCUUCUGCCAGAUCAGCCCAGAGGCCAUCCACAACCUCAGCAGGCAGUGCAAACGUUUGAAGCUACUGCACCUCUACGGCUGUGCCUACAUCCCUACUGAGAAGGAGAUCAGAGACAUCAACCCCACUGUUACACUCUACCCGCUGACUUGAUACACACACACAGACACACUUAUUGUUGAAAUUGGUAACACAUCUGACAAACUCCUCCACAGUUAAAGAGUGCCCACAGCACAAGUGUGUCAAGGGCCCUCCUUCCAUCACCUCCUUCAUACAGUGAUGUGGUGUCAGGCAAGCUUUAUCCAAAUUACAUCUAUCUAGUCAAGAUACAAAUAUUUGGUAGAUUAAAAAAUUUAAAAAUGUACAUGCUGUUUGUUAGUGAAAGUUUCCCAUUCUCUGGGAGGCUCCCGAGUGGUACAGCAGUCUAAGGCACUGCAUCUCAGUGCAAGAGGCGUCACUACAGACCCUGGUUUAAAUCCAGGCUGUAGUGGCCCAGUGUUGUCCAGGUUUUGCCAGGGUAGACCGUCAUUGUAAAUAAGAAUUUGUUCUUAACUGACUUGCCUAGUUAAAUAAAGGUUAAAUACAAAAUAUCUAGCAGCCAGACAGAAAUGGGUCUUGGUCUUCUAGACUUUUUUUUGUGUGUGUGUUUUGUUUAUUCAACCUAUUACAGGUGUAAUUAUGUAACUGCGCUUGUUCGGACGCACAGUUCUUGUUUGUUUUGUUCCUCUUUUUCUCGAAGUUGUGAGGUUGACACAAGAGACUGCUAAAGUAGGUAAGCCGCGUCAGCGUAACAUUCCGCAAUACGUUUUAUCACAGGGGACAAUUUUAGGACUCAUCAUUGUAGUCUGUAUGAAAAUGUGGGAUGGACCUCUCUGUCUGGAAGAAGAGAGCUGCAUUCUCUUUCAUUUAUUUACAAAGAUAUCUUACAGAACAUCCCUCCAUAUGUAACGUCAUUAAUUAAGGUAAGAAUCAUAAGUUACCAAACCUGUUCUCAGGAAUGGUCAACACUAGAUCCCUUCAGUUUCCACAGAUUUGGGAAAAUCUGCGUUUUUGUUUUUAGGCCCCUAAUUUGAGGAACAAUGUGCAGAGUUCACUGCAGUUAGAUGUGCCGGUGCCACUCAGGAAGUUUAAAUGAUUGAUUGAGGUCCUCUAUGUCGUUGAAUGUGAUUGUUUUUAUUUCAUAUGUUUAUUUUGGUUUAUUGUAUGCUGAAUUAUAUUGUUUUGUACACAAAUGUGUGCAUGUUGCUUUAUAAUUAUGUUUUUAUUGUAAUGUAUACAGGGCUCUCUUGUUAAAAUAGACUUUUAAUCUCAAAUUGACUCCAUGUUUAAAUGAAGGUUGAAUAAAUAACAAUAAAUUAUCCGA